AUGGACGAUCAAGGUCCGGGUCCGCCAACCACGUUGGCAGACGGGGUGGUUGGCCGGCCGCCCCCAGCGGUGUUGUCUCCAAGCGUCUCGUUUCGGCGGCCGUCGACAAACGAGCGCAUCAAUGAAAUUCUCGAAAGCGGUCGCAACCGAGCCGACAGCAUGGCCCGCAAUCCCUCUCAACCGGGCAGACGGCCCUCGAGCUGCGCCCUGGCCAUCGACGACGACGACGACGACGACGACGACCCUGCCGCCGCCGCCGCCGCCGCCGCUGCCGCCGCCCCCGACGAACUGACGGGCAUUGUGUCCCGGGGUUCGGAGCACAACUACCAGACGCUGCACACGGCCGACACCAACCAGUCCAGGCACUCGAUUUAUCGGCGUCGACCAUCACGGCCACAAGCGCCCGAGGAGCACCAGCACCAGCACCAGCCCAAGCACCAGCCCCAGUCCCAGUCCCAGUCCCAGCAAGCAGACUCGGAUGGCGGCGCCCAACAACCCAGGUCGUGGCUGCGGAAGAAGCUGGGCGCGCUCCAGUCCGUCGAGUUGGAGAACACGGGCAGCGUUGCCCGAGACCACUUGGCUCUAGAGCGAACUUUCCUGGCCUGGCUGCGCACAUCGCUGGCCUUUGCCUCCAUCGGCGUGGCUGUCACGCAGCUGUUCCGCUUAAACACCACCAUCUCCGGCGGCGACGGCUAUUCCGGAAACGCUACCCUGCGGAGACUGGGCAAGCCCCUCGGCUCGGCGUUUCUGGCAAUCAGCAUACUGACGCUGCUGCUGGGGGCUCGGAGGUAUUUCCACGGGCAAGAGUGGGUUAUCAGGGGCAAGUUCCCGGCCAGCAGGGGCACCAUCAUCCUGAUUGCGCUGGUGGCGCUGGCCAUCAUGCUGGCGUCCCUGGUGGUUGUGAUUGUUAUUCAUCCGCCCGAAGACGAGCUAUAG